AUGGUGAACACGGGCAUGCAGCUGAUCAGCUUCACCUGCGCCGUGACGGGCUGGAUCAUGGCCAUCGCCGUGACGGCGCUGCCUCAGUGGAAGGUGUCGGCCUUCAUCGGGACCAACAUCCUGACCUCGGAGAUGAAGUGGGAGGGCAUCUGGAUGAACUGCGUGUACCAGACCACGGGCCACAUGCAGUGCAAGACGUACGACUCCAUGCUGGCGCUGCCGCCCGACGUGCAGGCCGCCCGCGCCCUCAUGUGCCUCGCCAUCUUCCUGGGCUGGCUGUCCUGCACCGUGUCCUGCUGCGGCAUGAAGUGCACCACCUGCGCCGGCGACGACCGCCGCGCCAAGGCGGGCAUCGCGCUGGCCGGGGGGAUUCUCUUCAUCCUCACGGGCCUGUGCGUUCUGAUCCCCGUCUCCUGGACCGCCAACACCGUGGUCCAGGACUUCUACAACCCCAACGUGCCCGUCAUGCACAAACGAGAGCUGGGCCAGGCCAUCUACCUGGGCUGGGCCGCUGCCGUCAUCCUGAUGAUCAGCGGCGCCGUGCUGAGCAGCACCUGCCCCCUGAUGGAGCGGGGCGCCCGCUACCGCCGCGGCUACAUCGGCCGGAGCUUCGCCAACUCGCCGGCACCGGAUCCCCCCAAACCCAUCGCCUCUAACGCCGUCCCGCUGCAGGAGUACGUGUAG